GUUCGCAAUCAGCUUACACGCUGAUAAAGAAACGUACCGUCUUAGUUAGUGACGAGCAUGUGACCAGUCAUUCAAUGUGCUAGCUUUUAUUACAAUGCAAGGUACAGCGACCUUGGUUGGGUAUCCAGACGCCCCACACACAUGUUUUCAUGGACUAAGAACCAGCAUUUGCUUGUAGAGUGCACAAAUACCUAACUUUGGUGAACGUGAGCUGUAUCUUACAUUGUAAAUACGCUAUUUGAGCCAAAUAGGAUAAAUCGGCUUAAUCGUUGAAUAUUGCAUUAUAUUUCAAAAGGGCGCACCCUUGAAUAAACUAAGUACGUAAACACGGCAAGCUUUUUUGGCAUAUAGAAAUCGAUGGUGGCAUUAUAAAGAAAUAAUAAAAUGGCGUCUAACUUAGAAACAUCGCAGCACAAGGGGUCAGAUGUAUUUGACGAAGAUUGUUGUUCCGUUUGCGAAGAGGAUGGCAUAAAUAAGAAAGGACUGUUUCAAUGUAAAAUAUGUGUAAAAAUAUAUUGCGACGACUGUGUGAAAAUGCACAAAAAGAUUCAUAAGGAUCACGCAUUAUCAGCGAAAUAUGACGGUGACAGCUGGUCUUUUGCGAACAAAGUGGAUGAUACUGUAGAAAUGUGUGAGGAGCACACAACUAAGAAGCUAACGAUGUUCUGUGAGGAUCACGAAUAGUUGCUAUGUCAUGUAUGUCUCCUAAAUCACAGGCAAUGCAGCAAGGUAUUAACAUUGGCCGAAGAGGCCAAAUCAAAGACGCAACGUAUAGACAUUGUUCAAGUGACAGAGGGAAUAGAAGAGUCGCAGAAACGUUUAAAGGAUAUGAUGGACAGAGGAAAUGAUAACAUAAAAUCACUUAAAACUUCGUACGAACAAAUUCUGGAAGAAAUACUUGAUGCACGGCGACAGAUCAACGAGAAUCUUGACCGACUUCAGCAAACCACAAUCAGAGAAUUGGAAUUAAUUCAUGCCAGCUUAUAUAAUUCCAUUGAAGAUGACACCAAGCGAUGCUCAAAAUUUAUUGCAAAGUUAAAGACAUAUGGCGCUUAGCUCAAAGACUAUAUGUUACCUGAACGAUCGUUUAAAACGUUAAGAAAAUGUAUUGAUCAAACUGCUGCAGCAGAUUCACUCUUUAAAAGGAUGAUCAAGAAUGAUGGAACUGAUAUUAAACUCCAGCCUAACCGUGCAAUGAUUCAUUGUCUUGCGGACUGCACUGAUCUUGGGAAAAUCAUCAUAGGCGAGCUACAACAUGACGUGGAUCCAAACAAGAUUGUCAGCAUCGAGGAAAAGUCAGAAUAUAAUGUUCAAACAUUAACUGAUAUGAACAAAAGUUGGAUAACGGGAAUAUAUGGGACCUCAAACGGGGAUCUCGUCAUUGCAGACUUUAACAAUAAGUGUGUGAAACUCCUAAAUCACGCGUACAAGGUGAUUGAUCAAGUUCAGCUUUCUAAUUCUCCGUGGUGCAUUUGUAACAUUUCCUCCGUCGAGAUAGCGGUGACUGUAAGCACACCUUUAGCUGAUGCUCUUAAUGGGGUUCAUUUAUUACGGGUAGAUGACGGAAAAAUUAUACGCAAACAGGUUCUAAAACUGAAUCAUUUCUGUUGCGGAAUUGCGCAUAUCGAUGCACACUUGUUUGUUACUUCCAGUAAUGCUUUGUACGAAUACACAAUGGAUGGACGGUUGGUUAAGAAGUUAUACGAAGAUAAUUCUGAAAAAUACAAAGUUGUAGGUGUUGGGGUGAGCCCUGGUGGGAAGAGGAUCUACUUGACCUAUAAUAGCAAUGGUAAGCUUCUAACACUGACCAGGGAUGGAAAAGUCACAGCUACGUUGAAGGAUCCUGCAUUCAAACCCUACUUUCCCACAGCUAACAUACAUGUGGCAACCUCAGGGCAGCUUUUCGUCUUUGGUCACAAAGCCAUAAGACAAGUGGAUAUAGUCGGCAAUACCAUCCUCAAUACCAUCUCUGUUGACAUUCCAUAUCCGGCAUCUGUCUUCUUUAAUGAAGAAACGAGAAGAUUACUAGUUGGAUUUUUGGGACACAACAUCAUUGAGUUCCAAACAAAAACAGUACCGACUUGUUAAUUGACACAUAAAGUGCAAAUAACGAAAGUAACUACAGUAUUAUAUAAUUUAUACUAUUAGUCAUUCAUUAACCAAAUUUCUAUUUCAAUUAAUUUAGGAGCUUUUAUAAUUCAAUUCAAUCGUUUAAUUAUUUUUCUAUUUACCUAUUUUUUGUAAGAAUGUACGUAAGAAUAUACGUAACAGUCUUGUAAGAUGUUCAAUGUCUUAUAGCAGUACUGAUAUACAUUUAUCGGGUCAAUGUAACCGAGAAAGAUGUACACAUUGCAGUAGUAUAAAUAUAAGUUCAAAUUUCAACAGUAAUGUUACUGGUUUAUCGUAUGAUUUACGCUAUGAUUUUGAUUGUACUUCGAGGAAUGUUAUAUAUCUUAUUUCAUGUAAACAUUGUUAAAAAAAACAAUACGUCGGACAAACUAAUCAGAAUGUUUCCCGCAGAAUGAAUAGCCAUUGAUUUGAUAUCAGAAAUUGUUCAAUAUGUCCUAUUUCACAUGUUGCUACACAUUUUGAUCCACCGACAAUGAUUGCACUUUAUCAGAUUUCUCUUUUAUACAUAUUGAUGUUGUUCAAAACAAUCUAGACCGUCUAUGCAAAGAAUAUUGGAUUCAUAAUUUAAAAAACUAUGAUUCCUAUCGGUCUAAAUAAUUAACUGCUUUAUGAUAUAUAAUACAUUAACAUAAUUAACAUAAACAUUUUAUGCUUGUCUAUUACUAUGUUUAUUUUAUAAAUUAUAUUAUUACUAAAAGGCUGUUGUAUCACUGAUUCACUUUGUAUUAUGUCUUAUGUAAUAUUAUGUACUAAAUAUAUUUUUCCGCCAAACGACGUUACGUUAUUGUAUGACGUUGACGUCACUUCCUAUGUAUUUGUUUAUAUUGAUGUACUACUGAUGAAGGCUACGGCCGAAACAUGUUUGGUACUUAAGACAUUUUAAUAAACAAAAGUGACGUGUUUGUACGAUUGAUUUUAUUUAAUGUAUGCUUAUGGUGUAUAGAGAAAAUAUCAGUGAAUUCAAACUGAUAAUUUUACUGUUUCUCAAACAGUGAACAUUAACAGUCAAAAUUAUCGAUUAUUUUCACUGUUUACUGUGAAAUAACGUCAUUUUUUGAACGAAAUGACGUCAUUAUCCCAGCGAAAUUCUUUUGUUAAACUCUUUAACAAUGUAUAUAAAAUGGGAAAAAAAAUUAAAUAAAAAGAAAAUAUGUUGGAUUCGGUGGAAUAUCGAUUUUAAUUCACUCGUGAUCAUAGAAAAUAUAUUGUGUCUCUCGUGGCUGCCCACUCGUGAAAAUAUUAUUUUAUAUGAUCACUCGUGAAUUAAAAUCGAUAAUCCACCGAAUCCAACAAAUAUCCUCUAUGUAUUUUUCCUUUUUUUUGUACAAUUUUACAUCAACGGAAUGUACGUAGUGCAUGUAAUUUACUUUCGGUAUACGGUUUCUAUUUUAUUAAUAACAUUGAAAUUUGGUUUUGAAGUGUAUGUUUGUUUUGGUAUUUAAGUUUGCAGACUUUCAUUCAGAUUAUAUUUAAUAUAUGCAUUUUAAAUGUGUCCUAGUUAUAGUCGAGAGAGAUAGAUUAGGUACAAUCAGUCUGGAUCAAAACAUGGAAAUAAUGCCAUUCUGGGAAUGUUAUAUGAGCAAUUAAUCCAUUUUAAAAACUCGUUGAUAGUUAUAUAAAGACAAUUGCAUCAAUAUGUCUUAAUAUGUGUACAGUAGAUAAUGAUAGGUUCAUUUUACGUAAUUUAAUAAGGUACGAACAAUACAAGUGACAAAGAUUGUUUUAGCCCACCUGAACAUGAAGUGCUCAAGGUGAGCUAUUGUAAUCACACUAUGUCCGGUGUUCGUUGUCGUCAGUGUGUGAUUUGUGCGUCAUCCACUGUUGACUCGUUACGAUUCCAGAGGUCACAUGCUUUAUCCAAUCUUGACGAAACUUGAUCAGCAUAUUUAUAUAGACAGAGACUCAAUCUUGAUGAAACUAUGCCAGAAUGUUUAUUCAGACAAUAUCUAGGUCAUGCUUGAAUCCGGGUCACUUGAACUUAAAAAUAAUUAUGUAACCAGAUAAAAUGUACAAAACACCCAGACGUUGUUACCAUUUUGAGGCCUUAUUUAUGACUCAAACUUGAUUAAACUUGGGCGGAAUUGUAAUCCUGACAUUUUCUAGGCCGAAAUUGAGUCCCUUGCUUCCAAAAACUAGGUCUCCAGGUGAAAUCGUUGAAAAUCCUUAAUACCAAUCUAUAGGUCCCAUAUAUGACUCAAUCUUAAUGAAACCUGGACAAAAUGUUUAUCUCGACAAUAUGAAUGUCACGUUGGAAUCGGGGUCAAAUGUUGUCAAAAACUAGAUCACUUGGUCAAGACCGUGAACUUAGAUGAGCGCAUAAAGGCCGUUAAUAGAACAUCACUAUACUGCCCUCGUAAAGGUUAAUGAAUAUAUGGUGUAUAAGACAUUUCACUCCAUACUAUAUUUCAUCUGAAAACAUUGGGGACUUAUAGAAAAUGUUUUGUUAGUAAUGAUUGUCAGUGAAUAUGUAAAUAAUGUUGCUUUUUGCUAGUAGCUGUGAAAUGAAGAGCAAUUGCAUACAACAUAUUUAUUGUAAUAAGAUAAUGAAAUGAUUAUGACGUGGUUAUCAUUCAAAUGUUAACACAAUAUUAUUUAAUUAUAGCCGGUUCUCGUUGUUAUAUCAUAUGAAGAUAGUGUAUUGUUGUUAGAAUUUGUACUAAACAUUAAGUCAAUCUAAGCCUCAAGGAACUUCUGUCUUUCAAAUGUUGUCGUAUUUGUAUUUCAUAAGUUAAAAUCACCGUUUAGAGCCCCCUUUUUGUUUUGUUUCGAAGGGAUAGACCAUGUGCAAUGUGAAUGCAAAGGUAUUUAAAAGCUGAAUGAAUAAUAUCAUCGUACAGAGUCUUCUCCAUCGUUGGUUACUCAUUUUAGCUGGGAUCACAUAUAAUAUUUCAAUUUAUAACUUGGCGGACUUGUUUAUUUUAAGUGUCAAUAAUAUAACGCACAAUGUUAACAUUCAUGGUAUUUAUCGAUAAAUUAGUGAAGUGAAACAAUGAAGGGAUGUAACAAUCAUGCCAAGUAUAGUGUGAUUAAUCUGCAGAUUUGUGUCAAUAUGUUCUUUAAACUUUGCAUCAAACCAAGUCUUGAACGAUCUGCCUUAAUUCAAGUGAAACACUUAACAGAACAUGUUAUUGUAUCUAUUCUUCAAUUGAAAUGUACAUGUACACAUUUCAUUACUUGUUGAACUGCAUGAUUUUUUUCUGGGUAUAGAUCAGUACAUAGAGAAUGACAGGUUACUGUCACGUUGUUGUGUUAUCAGUAAGGUAAGGCGAAGAAAAAAGGCAAGGCUUGCCAAGUGGUUGUGUUAUACGUGCCGAACCAGUUUUUUUCUGUUUAUUAUACAUUCAAGUCAGGAUUUUAAAAGAAAUCAUGAACUAUAAUCGAAUAAAAGCUGGAUUAAAAAACAACAACAUUAAUAUGUUUUAUGACGUUUAACUUGUUUAUCAAGACGGCAUUUGCACUUGCGCUUAAUAUUUGUAUAGUAUUUUGGUUUGUUGUUUGUGUAUCUUUUUGUGUCUAAAAUUUAUGCCACAUUUGUAUCAAAUUGUUUGUUAUGUUAAAUCAUAUUUAUUUCUACCGAAAAUUUUAACUUCCCUGUAAAGUCGUAGUAAUAUUACAUACUUCCAAGCAUUGACUCAUAUAACAACUUCCGGUAUACGUGAUAUAGAGAAUAACAUGUUACUGCCUGAUCUUAUUGUACUAUAUCAGAAGAGGCUUAGAAUACUAUAACUACGAGGCUUGUCGAGCCGUUAUUUUUAUUUGUGCCGAGCCUGAUACAUUACAAAAAGAUCAGGCAGUAUCCUUUUUUCUGUUUAUCAUACCUCUACAACCCUGAUUUUAAAGAAAUAAUGAAAAAAAUCGCUACGACGCUGCAUUUUUAGCGGGAAUAAAUAUGAUUUUUGUCGUUUAACGUGUUAACACUGACGUCAAGAGCGCUUGCGCUUAAAAUUUAUAAAAUAUGCUUUUGCUGUUUGUGUUGCUUUUUGUGUUUAAAAUUUAUUACAUCUUGUUAUCAAAUUUGUGUUUUGUUGAAUCUAAUUCUGAAAAACUCUUUUACCACU